GUCACAGUCAGAGUGUGGGUGUACUGUGCAGUCACUGGGUCAUUCAACACAGUCUCAUUUUGCUCUCCAGUGAUAUUGACAUUGUCUCUGGUCCAAGUGACAGUGGUAGCAGGUCCACCAGUGGAGAUACAGGUGAGGGUCAGCUGGCUAGGGUCAAAUGUCACUCCUCCAGAUAUCGAGAUGUCUCCUACAGUAAAGAACCAAAGCCUAAGGGUCCUAAUUGCUAAUCAGCGAAACAUAGUAACGUUAACUAUCCGAUGUCUAACAAGAAAUGGAAGUAGCUAAUAAUUAAAUUUACCUCCACUGGCAGUAUACAGUCCCACAUAGACUGUGUCUCUCACUGAGAUGUCAGUAUCAUCAUGGACAGCAACAGUUGGAAUAUCACAGCGAUAGAUACCAGUUGGUGAGUUAGCAUUGUUCCUACGAC